CCUGGGACAGCUGUGCAGUGCACAGUCACUAGGGACGGACUCGGGCAGCAGAGCCGCGCUGUCGUGCCCCAGCCAGCCAGGCCCUCCCGGGAUCUGGGAUGGAAGGGGCUGUCGAGACCAUCAGUCAAUCUUUGGUCUACAGGUGGGGAAACUGAGGCUCAAGGAAGGUUCUGCAUCCUCCUUUGUGUAAGGAGAGAGUCGGGCAGUGAGGCCCAGGGUCCUUCCUGGGCUCACAGUCCAAGUCACAAGGAAUCACAUUGUUUCCAAGUGCCCAUGGCAGAAGAGGGGGCCAUCUUCAAGGUCACCCAGGAUCUGAGAGCUGCCGUCUCUGCCAUCCUCCAGGGCUAUGGGGAUGGGCAGGGACCGGUGACGGACACCAGUGCUGAGCUGCACAGACUCUGUGGCUGCCUGGAGCUGCUGCUGCAGUUUGACCAGAAAGAGCAGAAGAGCUUCCUGGGGCCUCGGAAGGAUUACUGGGACUUUUUCUGCACUGCCCUACGACGGCAGCGGGGGGACAUGGAGCCAAUCCACUUCGUCCGUUCUCAGGACAAGUUGAAGACCCCUCUGGGGAAAGGCCGUGCCUUCAUCCGCUUCUGCCUGGCCCGCGGGCAGCUGGCUGAGGCCCUGCAGCUCUGCCUCCUGAACCCAGAGCUCACCAGGGAAUGGUAUGGACCCCGGAGCCCUCUGCUCUGCCCAGAACACCAAGAAGACAUCCUGGACUCUCUGUAUGCUCUCAAUGGGGUGGCCUUCGAGUUAGACCUGCAGCAGCCAGACCUGGAUGGAGCCUGGCCCAUGUUCUCAGAGUCACGCUGCUCCAGUUCCACCCAAACCCAGGGAAGGAGACCCAGAAAAACCAAAGAUGCCCCAAAGAAGAUCCCAGCCACAUAUGGAGGCCCCAAAAAUGUCCAGAUGGAGGACUCACACACCCGUCAAGCUGUCUGUCUGCAAGAUGCGCCCAGUGGACAGCAGUUGGUGGGGCUGCCCAGCUCCCAGCAACAAAGGCAUCUUCCUUUCUCUUUGGAAAAGAAGGGAGAAAAUUCCAGGAGCUUUAGGUAUCCCCAGAGCACAUGGGAACCCGAAGGGGAGGCGCCUCAGCUAGACCAGGCAGAAGGAGUCCCCUGGAUUGAGAUCUUCCUGGAGAACUCAAUAUCCAGCACCCAGGGACAGGGGAAAGGGGCUACAGGCACUCAGAAGGAGGUGAGAGGGAUGGAGGCUGAGGGCACAGGGGUUCUGCUGGGUGCAGAGGGUCAGAGAACAACAGAUGGGACUCGUGACGUGGAAGCACUGUGUCAUAUCCGGAGGCUGCUGACCCCCAGCCCCAGAGGGACCAUAGAAGGAGCAAUAGCAGGGAGCAGGCAGGGAUGGGGGGGCUCUAGCGUCCUGGGGGAGCCCUGGGCUCUUCAGAGACUCACAACAAAGGAAGACUCCACCUCGGAGAAUCCACGAGUGCAAACAGAAGUGACCCUUGUGGCCAGGAGAGAGGAGCAAGCUGAGGCGUCCCUGCAGGGCGUGGGCAAGAGCCUCAGACUUGGGCUCCAGAAGGCCGAGGAGCAGGCCCAGCACCAGGAGCGGCUGCUGAGGGAGCAGGAGGGGGAGCUGCAGGCACUUCGGGAGCAGCUCAGCAGGUGUCAGGAAGAGAGAGUCGAGCUGCAGGCACAGCUGAAGCGGAAGCAAGAGGAGGCUGAGAGGAGGGACGCCAUGUACCAGGAGGAGCUUGGAGGGCACCGGGACCUGGUCCAGGCCAUGAAGAGGCGGGUGUUGGAACUGAUUCAAGAGAAAGAACGCCUGUGGCAGAGGCUCCAGCAUCUCUCUUCCAUGGCCCCUGGGUGCUGUGUGGCCUGUAGCAAGAUCUUUGGCCGAUUGUCUCGGCGGUAUCCAUGCAGGCUCUGUGGAGGCCUUCUCUGCCAUGCUUGCUCUGCAGAUUAUAAGAAGAGAGACCGCUGCUGCCCACCCUGCGCCCAGGGAGAAGUCCAGGUCGCCUGACCAAGACCAAGACCAGCUCACGACCGGCCUCCCACCCUCCUGCCCACUCCCCCUAGUCCACUCCCUACCCCCAGCUCUUCCCAGCCCUCUUGUUUGUCCACUCCUAAUUCUAGACACUGAAGAUCUAAGGUACCUGCACUUCUGUGAGCAGAGGAGGGUGUGGGGGGUGGUUCCAACCCUGCAGCUACCACAAGGAGCCAGGUGACUUUGGCAAAACCCUCAGUGCUCAGGGCUUCUCUAACAUGAGGAGUCAGGCUCCAUUGUCUCUAAAGUCCCUCUGGGCUCAGCAUGUCCAUGACUGUAGAUGAGACCCCAGCAGCCCUGACGUUUCUCCACGCUCCCCACUCACCCAGCGGCGGUGCCCACCCUUCCUGAUUCACGAGAAGUGAUGCCCGCACUGGCUUGGGUUCUUCAGUAGCUUCCUGUCUGAGAGUCAGCUUCAGGAAUCUGUGUUAGUGUCAUUGUUUUUCUUUUUAUGUUUAACAGCUUCAUUGAAGUACUAUUGACAUAUAAUAAACAUCACAGUGUACAA